GAUGGCUUGGUUCGACGUAGCGGCUAAAAAGUUUGGAUUUCCUUCUAUUGAGCUGUUCGUAAAGGCAGGAAUGGACGGCGAGAGCAUUGGCAACUGCCCGUUCUCUCAAAGACUCUUCAUGAUCCUUUGGCUGAAGGGAGUCAUCUUCAACGUCACAACUGUGGAUCUAAAGAAAAAACCACUGGACCUGCAGGACCUCGCCCCGGGCGCCAAGCUCCCAUUCCUGACCUUCAACGCCGAGGUGUUCGCAGAUGUCAACAAGAUCGAGGAACUUCUCGAGGAACAACUGGCGCCACCGAGGUAUCCCAGGUUGGCUGCCAGGCAUCCUGAGUCGAACGUGGCAGGAAUCGACGUAUUUGCCAAGUUCUCCGCGUAUAUCAAAAACCUGCGCAAGGAUGCAAACGACGGUUUGGAAAAAGCUCUGUUGAAGUCUCUAAAAAGACUAGAUGAUUACCUGCAGACUCCACUACCAGAGGAGAUCCCUGCCAACAGCCCUGAAGACCCCGGUAUAUCUACACGAAGCUUUCUAGAUGGACCAGACCUCACUCUCGCUGACUGCAACCUCCUUCCUAAACUACAUAUUAUCAAGGUCGUAGCGAAGACGUUUAGAAAUUUCGAUAUUCCGAGCGACAUGGAAGGGAUCCGGCGAUACCUCGACUCCGCCUACCAGAAAGACGCGUUUACCGGGACCUGUCCCGCGGAACGGGAGAUCACCUUCGCCUACCUGGAUGUCGCCAAGAAGAUCGUGUAGGCUCACAUGUGGUAUCGACGUUUCCUCUUAUUUUGGCUCCGUCUCAACUCUUUUGGAGGGUGUCGCAGGCAUCUGCGUGUCCAGACGUAGGGUAGCAACAGGUCGUCUUAUUUCCUGGACGUUGCCUUUCUUUAGACUUGAGCUGAGACUUGAUUCCUAUUUGUAGAUCCCACCUUUCGCAAGCCGUAAUUGGUCAAUUAUGUACAAGCCCUACACGUAACCACUGGUCCUGAUGAAAGUGGCUUGAUGUGUACAACCCCUUCAGCCACAACCUGCCACCCACCGUGGGCUUCUGUCUGCCUGGUGCUGCUCAGCUCCUCCUCAGUGGAUCACAUACUAGCUCGUUCAGAUUUAGACUGGCAGGCCAGCCCAGCACCCGUCCUCUCGUCUUAGGUCUCGGUGUACUCUUCUGCAUUGAUGCUGCCAUCACAGGAGUGUAAACGACCUUCCCAAGGGUACUGACACCAACCCAGAACAUGACACACCCUGGUUUUGAACUGGAUGGGUGUGCCUUGCGCCCAUUGAGAGCUGGGAUAGGCUCCAGCCCCCCCGUAUAAUCGAGUGGCCAAAAUGUGAAGAAGGAACCUUUAGAGUUCAGAGCUUUUGCUUCAUUAUCUUGGUUGCUAAGUCUGCUGUUUCGCCUCCGUCUCAAAUGAAGCCCGUUCCCUACUUGGGGCACUAAACACUCAUUAGAUGUUUAGAGUUAUCUAAACUACUGCUGAACACAAACAAUAAUAAAGCUGA